AUGACUCAGCUUGGCUACUUGCUCGGGUGGUCUGUGCACGGCGGGUUUCCAGCAGCAAAGAAAAAAAAAUCCACCCAAAACCUCCGGACGAGAAUUGCGGCACGACUUGGACGACCUGAAUCUCUCCCCAUCAUUCUAAUCCACCCGUUAGUCUGUUCAAGAACACACUUCAAGAUGCAUCUUAUGUACUCGCUUGAUGCCGAAGGCAAGAGGGUCUACACCCUGAAGAAGGUCGAUACCCAGGGCCGCGUCACGAAGUCGGCUCACCCUGCCCGAUUCUCUCCCGAUGACAAGUACUCUCGGCACCGUGUCACUCUCAAGAAGAGAUAUGGUCUGCUUCUGACCCAGCAGCCCGACAAGGAGGUCGCUGCGUUGUAA